CGUGCCUGCGGAGGCUUGAGGGUCCGUGUUGGCGCUCUGUGCGCUGCGUUUUUUUCGUGAGUCAGCCUACCUCUCCUGCGACCAUGGCCACCGAUUCGUGGGCCCUUGCAGUGGACAAGCAGGAAGCGGCUGUCAAGUCGAUGAGUAAUUUGCAGAUCAAGGAAGAGAAAGUCAAAGCAGAUACCAAUGGUGUUAUCAAAACCAGUGCCACUGAAGAGAAAACGGAUGAAGAAGAGAAAGAGGACAGGGCUGCCCAGUCCUUACUUAAUAAGCUGAUCAGAAGCAACCUUGUCGAUAACACAAACCAAGUGGAAGUCCUGCAGCGGGAUCCAAACUCCCCCCUCUACUCAGUGAAGUCCUUUGAGGAGCUUCGGCUGAAACCACAGCUUCUCCAGGGAGUCUAUGCCAUGGGCUUCAAUCGACCAUCCAAGAUACAGGAGAACGCGUUACCCAUGAUGCUCGCUGAGCCCCCACAGAACCUGAUUGCCCAGUCUCAGUCUGGUACUGGUAAAACAGCUGCCUUUGUCCUGGCCAUGCUCAGCCGCGUGCAACCAGCAGAGAGAUACCCCCAGUGUCUGUGCCUCUCCCCAACGUAUGAGUUGGCGCUUCAAACAGGAAAAGUGAUUGAGCAGAUGGGCAAAUUUCAUCCAGAACUAAAGCUUGCUUAUGCCGUUCGAGGCAAUAAAUUGGAAAGAGGUCAGAAGAUCAGUGAGCACAUUGUCAUUGGCACCCCUGGGACUGUCCUGGACUGGUGUGCCAAGCUCAAGUUCAUUGACCCCAAGAAGAUCAAGGUGUUUGUUCUGGAUGAGGCUGACGUGAUGAUAGCUACUCAGGGCCACCAAGAUCAGAGCAUCCGCAUCCAGAGGAUGCUGCCCAGAAACUGCCAGAUGCUGCUUUUCUCUGCCACCUUUGAAGACUCCGUAUGGAAAUUUGCCCAGAAAGUGGUCCCAGAUCCAAACAUUAUCAAACUGAAGCGUGAGGAGGAGACAUUGGACACCAUCAAGCAGUAUUACGUCCUUUGCAAUAACAGAGACGAGAAGUUCCAGGCCUUGUGUAACCUCUACGGGGCCAUCACCAUUGCUCAAGCCAUGAUCUUCUGCCAUACCCGCAAAACAGCUAGUUGGCUGGCCGCAGAGCUCUCAAAAGAAGGCCACCAGGUGGCCCUGCUGAGUGGUGAAAUGAUGGUGGAGCAGAGGGCUGCGGUGAUUGAGCGCUUCCGAGAGGGCAAAGAGAAGGUUCUGGUGACCACCAACGUGUGUGCCCGCGGUAUCGAUGUUGAACAGGUGUCUGUCGUCAUCAACUUUGACCUUCCCGUGGACAAGGAUGGGAACCCGGACAACGAGACCUACCUGCACCGGAUCGGGCGCACUGGCCGCUUUGGCAAGAGGGGCCUGGCAGUGAACAUGGUCGACAGCAAGCACAGCAUGAACAUCCUGAACAGAAUCCAGGAGCAUUUUAAUAAGAAAAUAGAAAGGUUGGACACGGAUGAUUUGGAUGAGAUUGAGAAAAUAGCCAACUGAGAAGCUCCACCAGUCACUGGUGCUGGCCCUGGGCGCUCCCCCUGCACGGGAGACUAGUGCUUUCCUGACACAGGCCUCAACAGUCACCACAAAGACGAUGGCACGAGUAGAGAGAAACUACCUACCUCGUUUUAAAUUACAUUUGGACUUGACAAAAAUUGUGAAAAUGGUGGGGAAAAGUAGAAGGAAAUUUUUGCAUUUUGGGAAAUUUAGUCCCUUUCCCCCUUUUUCAAGCCACGGAUUCCUCAACUUUAUAAUAAUCUGAUUGUUGCUGGUAUUCACUGGCCCCAGGGUCCCCUGCCUGUUUUCUGGCUAGGGGUGCUGGGCCCAGCCUCCAGCCCCUGGAGAAAUAAUCGAGGUAGAGGUAGAGCUUGAGAGAGGCCCAGGUGGCAUGGAGGGGUGAGCCCCACCACAUGGACGGAGCCUGGGCAGCGGCAGCAGAGAGGCCUGUGAGCUGCCCCCCUUCUCUGUCCCUUCACAGAGACCUGUCACAAAUGUUUCUCUUGCCCUUGGGGCCACCCUGCUUAUCGUAAAAUCCAGAGACGUUCCAGCUGAUUUCUUUUACCUCUGUUCUCUGUGGCGGAGGAUAUCCCCGUUUCUCCCUAAGUGAGCAUCUUGGCUACUUUUAUAAACCUCAGAUUUGGAGAGAAACACGGAAGUCUGUGAAUCCCGGCCUCUUCAGAGAGAUUGGUCUGGCUAGAUGAGUCCUUCCAGGAUCUGGGCUGGCCGCCUCCUCCUUGCAGUUGCUCUGUCUGCUCAGGCAGCAGUAGUCCGUCAUGGCAGCCAGGAGACACCGGCAAUCUUCUGACACACGCCUGACCGAGUGAGCUUGUUCUUAUCAUGGAGUGUCACACUUUGCUGAGUUAUGACCAAGUGAAUACUCUGAUUAUGCUGUUCAUAAGGACUGAUAAAUUAGAGCUAUACCCAUCAUUCAUUAUGCUAAGAAACCUUAAAAUAAUUAUGAAACGCUUUACUAAUUAAUCAUGAUUUGUUUUUAUUUGUAUUUUUCUGCUUACUAGACUAAUAUAUGCUCAUUAAAAAAAGAUGUGUGUAAAGUAAAAGUGCUGUCUGUCCCCGCCUGUCUGGGAUCACUGUUGCUGGUGGCUUGGUGAACGUUCCAAUAUAUUAUUACCUUUUGUUUGCAUAUAUCAACUCACUUUUCUUUUACAAAAAGUGAACAUUCUAAUCACACUAUUGUGAAUAGAAUAUCUUGGACAUGUUGACAAUGUCCAGCACACACAGAUCUACCUCACUCUGGACAGUGGUGCGUUCCUGAGUGUAGCUCCCCCAGCGUUUAUUUCAUGGCUCCUCUACUGAAGGCACACGGGGUUUCCACUGUGUUGUGUUGCCCACAGCAUCACAGUGACUAUCCUCGCUCAUCUCUGUACCCUGCUCAGACUUGCUCUAGGAUGUUCCUGGAAGCAGAGUUGUUGGGUCAGAGAGAGGGGACAUUUAAAAUUUUAAUAUACUGCCAAUUGAGCCUGCCAAAAAGUUUUUACCAAUGUAUGUUAUUGCAGUGAUACAAAAAUACCUAUUCUUGGGACCGGCCCGGUGGCAUUGUGGUUAAGUUUGCAUGCUCUGCUUCGGCGGCCUGGGGUUCACAGGUUCAAAUCCUGGGUGCAGACCGAUGCACCGCUCAUCAAGCCAUGUGUGACGGCGUCCCAUAUGCAAAAUAGAGGACAAUGGGCACAGAUGUUAGCUCAGAGCCAAUCUUCCUCACACACACACAAAAAAAUACCUGUUUUCUUACCUGCUUGCCAACCUUCUAUAUUAUCCAUUUUUGAAACUUUGACAGUCUGUGUAGCAAAAACAGAUUACAUCAUUGCUUUUUUUGCUUUGUAUUUACUGAGGUUUGGCAAAUUUUUGGUUUAUUAGAUGUUUGUAUUUUCUCUUUUGGGGAGCUGCCCAUUCUUGUCUCACCAUUUUACAAUUGGAUUGUCAAUCCUUAAUGACUUUUAGCCAUCUUUCUAUUUUACAGAAAUUAGACUUUGUCUUGAGUGAUGGAUGUUUUCCUAGUUUGUCUUUACAUUUUUUCUUAAUAUUAACACAAAAGUUUAAUUUUAAUGUUAGAUUUCAUUUUUAUUUUAAGAAAUCUGGAUUUCAUGUCAUGGCCAAAAAAGCUUUCCUCAUCCCAGUAUUAUAAAUGUACUCGUGUUUCCUGUAGCAGCAAUUCUUGGGCAGUAAAUUUUCUAAAUUCUU